GUUUACUUACUCAUCUUUUUAAGAUUCACUCUAGUGGUGCUCUAAAUUCUGAAGGUAAUAAGGUAGAAGGCUUCUGGUGUAGUGACUCUGCAAAUUUUUGUAAGGUAGAGGAUUUAAUGUAAGUGGACUGUACCAUAUCCACAAUAUGUAAUGAAGUUGAAAACGUUUUACUUUGCAUUCAGUUCACUUAUGGGCAUGCAUGAUCACUGCAUCGGCGAAAAUGAUCCAUUAAUUAGAAAAGCUAUUUAAAGGACAUCUCAUCUCAACUGCUCAUUUGAUCUGGUGAAUUGGCAAUGGAGAAGUUGAACAUAGCAAUUUGAACGAAAUUCCAGCGGCAUAUGCUAACAGAUGUGUCUUCAGAAAGAGCUUUAUUAAACAUUUUUGUUUGCUGUUUCAUAUUUAAGUAAGAAUUUCAGCCGUGGGCUUCAUGUUUGAAAUCUUGUUACAUACUGGCUCCUAAAAAGACUAAAUGUGUCACGUCGGCAAAAAAGCGAGGCAAGCAUUCACUGUCAUCUCGAUUGGUGUGAUAUUCACAGCCAUAAUGGUAUGGUUUUACCUGUCACAGUCUUACAAUUUGGAAUAUAACCUAGGGAAAGAUUUCAUCUCAAUAAAACCUAAAUUUAAUAGUUUAACAAUUCGUAAUCUUGAAGAAAAGCUUUUUCAAAUGAGAUUUGGGUCACAGAUAAAGAGCCCUGUCUACGCUGCUGAUUGCAAUAUUCACACAGGUAUAAUGAGUGCGUGCAUAGAUUGGAUUAAUGCCACGAACAGUGUUACUUACGCACGGGCCAUUAUGAAAUAUGAGGACUUAGAUGGGGAUGUGAAUUGUUUAAAUGUACAUUGGGAAGUCUAUUCAGCAGAUUUUCAACUUGAAGAUUGUAUAUCCAUGGACAUUGGUCAUUGGUAUGGUGGGGCCGAAAUUUAUCAUUUAAAAUGGCCACUGGAAAAAAGUAGCAUUCCUAUGCAACCAUAUGUUAGCAUGGAUCUAAUUGAACAUCAUCAAGCAUAUGGGUCGGUCCUUGAAAGAUACUGGUUGUCAUCAAAUGGAAUAGCGAUUAUCGUUGAUAAAACAACACCUUUACAUGCAAGCAUAAAUGAAGGUGACAGUGAGGAAUUAUGUUUAAGAUCUUCAUACAGAAACUCACCGUACAAAAACCCAUUAGGCAUCCUUCCGCAUUUAAAGUACUCCAUAUGUCUGAGCAAAGACAUGAGAAAAGUGCACGAUUUUAUUGCAAAGAAGAAUUUCAAGAAGCCAUUAGACAUGCCUGAUAAAAGAAUGUUUGAGUCGCCAAUUUGGUCAACAUCAGUGCGGUACAAGAAAAAUAUAACACAGGAACUUGUGCUGAGCUAUGCAAAUGAAAUAAAAGAGAACCAGUUUCCAUGCAGUCAUAUUGAAAUUGAUGAUUUUUAUAAUACACAGUAUGGAGAAAUAGAUUUUGAUUCACAGAAAUUUCCAAAACCUCCUGAAAUGAUCCAACAACUUCAUGGCCUCGGAUUCAGAGUCGGCUCCUGGUUCCAUCCAUUUGCAAAUUUCUAUUCUAAUUCUUUCAAGGAAGGCCUCUCCAAUGGAUAUUGGAUCUGUGACUCAAAGAACACUGUUCCUGGUCUUGUGAAAUGGUGGAAUGGCGUCGCAGCUACAAUCGAUCCUACAAAUCCUGAAGCGGCUGAGUGGUUCCUUGGCAGGCUGAGGAACUUACAGGAGGUUACAGGUAUCGACUCCUUCAAAUUCGAUGCUGGCGAAGCACAAUUCCUUCCAUUAUAUUUUUCUUCCAAUGAGACACUCAACGAUCCUAAUUUAUAUUGUUCACGUUAUGUCAGUAUGGUAGCAGAGAUGGGAAGUAUGGUAGAAGUACGUUGUGGUCAUCAAUCUCAACAAUAUCCGGUAUUUGUACAAAUUAUGAAUAAGGACUCGACUUGGGGCUAUGAAAACGGUCUUAAAACAUUGAUCCCGUCAGUAAUUUUGUUUGGUAUUCUUGGAUACCCAUUUGUAUUACCGAACAUGAUUGGUGGAAGUGGGUACAUAAAUGGUAACAUCAGUGCUGAUGAUAAGCCAGAGAGAGAGCUUUUCAUUCGCUGGUUGGAGGUAACUGCUUAUCUUCCUUCAAUGCAGUUCUCUAUUACUCCAUGGCAGUAUGAUGAUGAAGUUGUCAGUAUUGCAAAGAAGAUGGUGAGCAUACACAAUGACAAGGUCGCACCUCUUGUACUGGAAUUAGCCAAAGAAACCCUUACCACAGGACACCCAAUCAUUCGUCCACUGUGGUGGAUUGCACCAAAGGACCCCAAUUGCCACCAGUUGGAUUCAGAGUUUCUCAUUGGGGAUUCAUUCCUUGUUGCACCGAUAUUAGAAUUUAAAGCGAGAGAUCGUGACAUUUACCUACCAGCUGGUCUUUGGAAAGAUACUUCAACUACGAACAAGUAUCCAGGUGGAAAAUGGAUUGAACAUUUUUCAGUUCCUCUGGAUCAUGUAGCAACAUUUGAAAAGAUAAGUGAGGAAUAAAAAAAAUAGCUAUUUGAUAAUCAUCAGUUUGCUUUCGCUUUACAGCAUGCUGUAGCAUCUGCAAAUACCAUUCCAUAACCAUCAAGGGUUUGUAUAGUUGGCUGGGACCCCAUUUUCUUGUGGGCCUCCCUUUGAUAAUCUAAAUCAAACUACAGCAUUAUAUUCAAAAGUGUGCUCAGUUUUUGUUUCAUUCAGAAACAAGACAAAAGACAGAAAAAGUGAACAAUAUGGAAAGGUACAAGUGACAAUAAACCAAAGAUUUACCCGCGAGUUUCAAAAUAUACUAUAUAAACCUACAUUAACAUAGAAAUUUAAAGAUUCAAAGAAAUAAAAAAAUAAUAUUGCACAAUUUGUAUUACCAAACAGGCAAAGAGAAGACACUCAUUAAACACUCAUGGACUAAAAAAGUUCAUGAAAUAUAACAAUUGAAAUAAACAUUUUCAAAAAUAAAAAAAACUUGCAUCAAUUUAAAGACUCAAAGAAGUAAAAAAAAAAAUGUAACGAAAUUCACCAUUUACAUUCUAGAAUGCUUCAGAACAAGGAUGCCUUUCUCCUGACCCACACCAGAGCCUUUUCAUUGGACCACACAAGGGUGAUUGAUAUUUGGCUCUCAUAUUAAACUUACCCCCUCCUCCACCCUCAAGCCUCUUAAAGAAUCCUGGUUAUGGGCUUGUUGUUAUCUAGGGUUGAUAUGUAGCAUAGAGUGGAAUGUAGGUUAUCCAGUCAAAAAAACUUAAGAAAAUAACAAAAACACUGACAGGCAAUUGAACUGUUAUCAGCAUUUUUCUGUCGUCACUUGUCAUGAACACUAAUGCACCUGAUGCUGCCAGAUCCAUUUGAAUUUUCUAAUGUUAAAUUAAUUGGUCCGUGUUGAAGCUGUUGCUACAUUUUGGAUUAUGUCCCCAGGUACUAAAACGCCGUUUUUUUGCAUGUUUGUGCGUGGUUGUUUAUGUAUUGGAACAGGAUGUGAAUACUUGAUUAUGUGAUGCACAGAGGAUGCAGUUGUUGAGGUGAAAAAUGGGCCGUGUCACCACAAAAUAAGGCAAAUCACAAUAACAUAUAAAGGAAAUGUAAUACACUGAUUUUAGAUAUUAUAGACCAUGAUUGUAAUCACUAAUAACUUUUACAUUUGGCAAAAGAAUGAAGGAUGCUUUGCUAUGUCAGGUGAUUAUGAAUACGUAAAUUACUUUCAGUUUAUUUUGUAAAUACAUACCUUGAAACAAACUUAUAAACAGUUUUGCUGAGAUAAGAACCAAUUUAUUUAGCGACAAUGAAGUCUGAAUUAGACAUCUAAUUCCAAUGAAAGUGUAUAUAUGAAAUACUAUACAAAUUAUAAAAACAUUUAUUAUUAUAGAUAUACUUUUAAUAUUAGUAUAAUUUAUAAGGAUUAGAAAUUUACUAAUUAUGGUAGUUGGUAUACUUAAGUCACAUAAACUAGGCAAAGUAUGUCACUCAUAAACUAAAAAAAUUACAGUUAAUGUAUGUAAAUUUUAUAACUUUAUAUUUUUAGGAUAUGUUAACCAAAUUUAUACUUGUUUAUAAUUUCAACUUUUAUAAUUAUCCCAUAAAAAAGUUCAAGUAUUCUACUUUAUGUAGUAGUGGUAGAGCCAAACCAUUUUGACAUAGGGAAUGUGGAUUGAAAUACGUGGCAAGGGGUAAGUAGGGAGUGGGCGGGGACAUACAGAAUUAAGGCAUCCAAUAUUUCAACUGAAUUUUAUAUAAUUUUUACAUAGUAUUCAUAUACAUCUAAAAAUACAUACAUACUUUUUUUAUAAGCCAAACUACGCUCUAUUUUAAAUUUCCCUGUUAUUUCUUUGAAAUAAUCUAAUAAAACUAAUGUGCAAAUGUUGCCUGAUACUGAAUUUGAUGUAUGCUAUUAACUAAUUACUUAAACUCACCACAUUGCAUUGAACCCUCACUCAAAAGGAGGAUAGAACAUGAUGGAUAGAUGAACAUUCUACUUUUUAACGCUUCAGACCAAAAAAAUGUAUUAUUAGUAUUAUCCAUACUGAUAUUGUAUUUACAAAUGAAUAUUGAUGACCAUAAUUUCAUGGAAAAUGCUUUAUUUAUUAUUAGCUUUCACCGCUUUUAUUAUUUAUUCAUUCUUUCAGAAUGAUUGAGUUGAAUGAGCAGAAUCUGUAAUUUUAAUUAAUAUGUGUAUAUAUUAACGGUAAGGCUUAACGCUAUUGUUGAUUUGAGACAUAUAAUGAACCAAAGUGCAUUAUGAAUGCUAUCUUGCAUGUAGUCGUAUCAAAGGUCAGUAAGGCAAGCUAUGUAAACAUUUAUUUUCAUGAGCAUAAAACAGAGAAAAAGAUAAUAAAAUGAUAAUUAAAUUGUCAAAAA